CACGUGGCCGUGGCCUUCCCCUUCUUCGCUCACCGUUAAAACGCGACCCUUCCCUUCUUCACUUUUCUCGUUUAGCUGUUCUCCCUUUUCAAAACCCUAAUUCCUCUCUCUCUCUCUCUCUCUCUAUAUAUAUAUAUAUAUAUAUAUAUCUCUCUCUCUCUCACACACACACACAGAGGUUGGGGUCGCCAAGGAUUUUACUGAUUCUUUUGCGGCGUUGGAAAAUAUUGGUAAAAUUCGUGUACUUAAACAAAAAAUAAAGAAAGGUUUUGUUCUUUAAAGUUGGAGGGUUGGGUCUGAUGAGAAUUGUUAGGGGAAUGCAGAGAUCGUUUUGCGAGGAGUUCUACGACAACUCUUUCACCCAAGGGAUUGGAAUCACUGCGCCAAAGGCAAGAACACGUGACAAACCCUUCAUUUCCACGCUUUGAAAUUCAAAUUCAAACGAACUCUGUUCCGAUUAUUUUGGAGUUACGAUGACGAGGGUAUUGGUUCAGAGGGGCUCUUCUGGCGGUUCUUCGUCGAACGCGAGCCGGAGUUCUGCGGCGUCCUCGUCGUCUUCUUCUGCGCGGGUUGAGGUGCAGAGUGGGGAAGAGGUUGUCGGGGAUGAGGUUUUGGAGAGUGGUGAUAAGGGAAAGUGUGAGGAUGUUUUUGAGCAGAGUGAUGAUGAAAUGGCUGCUGUUGUUGAGAAUGAUGUUAGGGAGGAGAUUGUGAGAGGGUUGAGUGGAAUUAGAGCUUCUUCAGAAAUUGAGGGUUCCAGUGUGGAUCCUUCUUUAGUUCCAGCUAGUGGUGGUUCUUGCCCCCCACCGCCCCCUGUUCCGCCCCCUAAGCCUGCUGGAGCUAACUUGAAUUCAAGGAGGAGUGUGUCGGGGAGUUCAAAUUUUAAUUCCGGUUCUGUAGGAUCUUCGAGGAGAGGAUCUGCGUGGCCUGUUGUCUCGGCUAGGACUUCGCCGGCUGGGUCGCGGCCAUCUUCUCCCAGGUCUCUUAAUGAAAGUGAGGGGUACAAUAGUGCUGAUGAACAGAAGCCCUGCUUUGUUUCAUCUUAUGAUGAUUUUGAAAGAGAGCGGCAGUUUGAAAUUGAUAUCAGAAGGGCAAAAGGUUAUGAAGUAAAAAAAAUGACAGAAGAUGGAAAUUGUCUUUUCCGAGCUGUUGCAGAUCAGGUGUAUGGAGACUCUGACGCGUAUGAUGUGGUCAGACAGAUGUGCAUAGAUUAUAUGGAGCGGGAGAGAGAUCAUUUUUCUCAGUUUAUAACGGAAGGUUUCAUGUCAUACUGUAAGAGAAAAAGAAGAGAUAAGGUCUAUGGGAACAAUGUUGAGAUCCAAGCCAUUUGUGAAAUGUACAAUCGUCCAAUUCAUAUAUACUCCUACAGUACAGAACCUAUUAAUAGCUUCCAUGGAAGCUAUACCACUGACACACCACCUAUUCGACUGAGUUAUCAUCAUGGGAAUCAUUACAACUCCCUUGUUGACCCACGACGCUUGACAAUUGGUGCAGGACUUGGGUUCAGCUGUCUUCGUGGAACUAAUGUUGACACAGAUCAAGUCAAGGCUGCUAUUAAAGCUCAACAAGACCAACAGAUCAAUAAUGCACUUUUAGCUGAGGGUCGGUUUUACUCUGAUCUUGAGCUCACAGAGAAGGAAAUUGAACGCAUGGUGAUGGAAGUUUCUCGAGCUGAGUAUCUUGCAGAUGGUGAUAGUGCAUUUAAGCAACAGCUUGGUGACAGGGAGUCCUCUACCUCAAAUGCUGAACCAUCAUCUUCUGGUGCACCAGGAUCAUCCGGCACUGAUGGCAAUAUGGAACAUGGAAAAGAGCACGGUGCUGAUCUCAGUAGCGGUAUGCGGAUGCUACUAUCAAUGGGAUUUAGUUACAUCCAAGCUGUUGAGGCUUACAGCAUAUUUGGGGAUGAUGUUGAUUCUAUGGUUUGUUACCUGUUAGAUAGUGGCAGUAGCAGCAGACUUAAAGGCAAGGCCACUGAAUGAUAGGCUAUCGACUUAAAUAAAUACCUUAGAGCUUUAGUUUUCAAAUUGCAAUCAAAUCAGUUAAAUAAAUACCUUGUAUCAAGCUAUUACUCUCUAGUUUAAUUUGGAAUCUGGCAUAUUAAUGACGGCCAUUGGUAGAAAAAACUGAGCAACAAUUUUAUCUGUCUAAUGAUAGCAGGACCUAGAGCCGGGCCCCUUUUUU